AACGCUGGGAGAGAGGGAAAGACCCAAGGCUGGUGCUGCUGGUGGUGUCUGGAAGGUUCCAGCACCAGGAUGGAUCCAUCCAGGAUGGAUCCACCUGCUGUGGGCACAGCAGAGCCCCAGGCGCAGCGACAAUGCUGCAACUCCAAGCCGGGAAUUACCCAAACCACAAAUCAAGAGGACAAACCUCCCCGUGGGCAGGGAGCUGCCGCAAUCCCGGCUCUAUAAACGCGGCCGGAGCGCGGUUUGUCCCCGAGCGGUGCCACCACCGAGGAUGUGGCUGUGCGCGGUGGCGGCCGCGCUGCUGGCGCUGCUCCUGCUGCGCCGCUGGCACCGGGAGCGGCAGACGGUGCCGCGGCUCUCGGAGAAGCACGUGCUGAUCACGGGCUGCGACAGCGGCUUCGGGAAGCUCCUGGCGCGGCAGCUGGACCGGCGCGGGCUGCGGGUGCUGGCCGCCUGCCUGACGGAGAGCGGCGCCGCGCAGCUGCGGGCCGGCACCUCCGAGCGGCUGCAGACCGUGCUGCUGGAUGUCACCUGCAGCGAGAGCAUCGCCCGUGUCACCGCCUGGGUGCGGGAGCGCGUGGGGGACCAAGGGCUCUGGGGGCUGGUGAACAACGCAGGCAUCGGCUCUCCCACCGCCCCCAACGAGUGGCUGAGCAAGGAGGACUUUGUGAAGGUGCUGAAUGUCAACCUGGUGGGGCUGGUGGAGGUGACGCUGAGCCUGCUGCCGCUGGUGCGGCGGGCGCGGGGCCGCGUGGUCAACGUGGCCAGCGUGAUGGGCCGCCUGUCCUGUUUCGGCGGAGGCUACUGCAUCUCCAAAUUCGGCGUGGAAGCCUUCUCUGACAGCCUCAGGCGGGAGCUGCGUCCCUUCGGGGUUCGGGUCUCCAUCAUCGAACCUGGAGGCUUCCAGACCGCGAUGAUCGACCCCGGCCCGCUGGUGAAGGGCUUCGUUCGCCUCUGGGAGCGGCUCCCUGCAGAAGCCCAGGCAGCCUACGGCCGCCACUACGUGGACAAAUAUGCCAGGAGCACCGCGCUGCUGCACCGCCUGAGCAGCCCCCGCCUGUCGCCUGUCACCGAUGCCAUGGCACACGCGCUGCUGUCCCGCUGUCCCCGCAGCCGCUACGCCGCGGGUUGGGAUGCGCGCCUCAUCUUCCUCCCCCUCAGCUACUGCCCGGCCUGGCUGUCCGACACCAUCCUCGGCUUCUUCCUGCCCGUCCCGGCCAGCGGGGUCCCCUGAUGGCCGCCGGAGCGGGGACAUGGCCCGGGGGUGUCUCAUGACCUGGGGAAGGUGCUCAAUAAAGGCGGUGCAAUGCUGGAGGUGUCCCAUGGUCACUUGGCCACGGUGCCGGUGACCACCGGGGAAUCCCGCGGCACCAUCCCGG